UUGACCCGUAGAGGCUCCCGUAGUUGUCAGUUCGCUACACUGUUACCUGAAAGGCAGGUAUCUCUGGUUUGUCCGCGAAUAGUCACACAAUUCUACAAAAAACUUGUGUAUUUUAUUUUAUAGUUAUGUUGUAGUCAAGCCCGUGUAGCUUCUCUUCCGUGAAUUUGCUCUAAAUUAGAUCAAGUAGCAGCUAGUGUGUGCGGCGGCUAGCCCGGGAGCUAACUGGCUAAGCAACGACAUCGUCGCUAGAAAAGAACGAACUCGAGGGUUUAGCGCGGUUUAGUUGCGUCAAGUUGCCGCUGCUGACAGUGUUGGUGGAACAGGAACUCGGAAAAGCUCUAGAAUGAAUGUGGCUAAAAGUGGCUAUCGCGUCUUCUCCGCAAACUCCUCCGCAGCUUGCACAGAAUUGGCCAAGAAGAUAACGGAGCGACUGGGGGUUGAACUGGGAAAGUCUGUGGUGUUUCAGGAAUCUAACAGUGCAGAGACUAGAGUGGAUGUAAAGGAGUCAGUUCGAGGACAAACUAUCUUCAUUAUCCAGACCAUACCGAGAGAUGUCAACACGGCCAUCAUGGAGCUGCUGGUCAUGGCUUACGCCCUGAAGACGUCCUGUGCCAAGAACAUCAUCGGCGUGAUUCCUUACUUCCCCUACAGCAAACAGUGCAAGAUGAGGAAGAGGGGCUCGAUCGUGUGCAAGCUGCUAGCGUCCAUGUUAGCCAAAGCAGGAUUAACACACAUCAUCACCAUGGACCUGCACCAGAAGGAGAUCCAGGGCUUCUUCAGCUUCCCAGUGGAUAACUUGCGUGCCUCUCCCUUCUUGAUUCAGUACAUUCAAGAAGAGAUUCCUGAUUACAGAAACGCCAUCAUCGUGGCAAAGUCCCCGGCUGCAGCCAAGAGGGCUCAGUCCUACGCUGAGAGGCUGCGUCUGGGUCUGGCUGUGAUCCACGGCGAGGCUCAGUAUUCGGAGUCCGACAUGGCCGACGGAAGACACUCCCCUCCAUGUGUACGCAACACGACGGGACACACGGGGCUGGAGCUUCCCUCAGGCAAACAGCAAGCUCCGUUCCCUGGCAUAGAACUUCCAAUGAUGAUGGCAAAGGAGAAACCUCCGAUUACUGUCGUAGGAGACGUGGGUGGAAGAAUCGCCAUCAUUGUGGACGACAUCAUCGAUGAUGUCGGAGACUUUGUUGCGUCUGCAGAGAUCCUGAAGGAGAGAGGAGCUUAUAAAAUCUACAUCAUGGCCACACACGGUUUGCUUUCUGCCGACGCGCCGCGCCUCAUCGAGGAGUCCGCCAUCGACGAGGUGGUGGUGACCAACACGGUGCCACACGAGGUCCAGAAGCUCCAGUGUCCGAAGAUCAAGACGGUGGACGUCAGCAUGAUUCUGGCCGAAGCCAUUCGCCGCAUCCACAACGGAGAGUCCAUGGCCUACCUGUUCCGCAACAUCACCGUGGACGACUAGGAGGGGUCGCCGUGACGACUCAGGCGACUAUCUGAGGAGGAUUCAUGAAGUUUGAAGAGAAGAAGCGAUUGCACUGCUGCUCCUUCCUGCCCAGUGCUGCGACAACAUGCUAAUGUCAUGUCCCACGAGUUGUAUAUGUAUCAGAAUUAACUUAAAAGAAGCUGAAAUCCUAUAAAUCGCCCAGAGUUAUUUAUCCUCUAACCAAAACAUUUAAAAUCCCUUGUUUGAAAUGGUGUGGCUGAUGGAGAAAGAUAAGAACAAGCAGACUUCCUGAAGUUUCAGAAGUCUCUCCUCGUGCUGCUGCUCUCGUUCAUUUUUUAAACGGAGAAGUAUUUACGACGUUAUUUUGUCACACACUACUGUACCUCACACCGAGUGACGGAGCUUAACGAUGCAAAGAGACUUUGUGCUUUACCAGACAUCUUUCAGACACAGCUGCUCGGCCGCUGUCGUUUCUUUGCACGUCGGCGGUCGUGUUGUUGCAUCGAAACCCAAAGUUCUCAGAAACUAUAUUUUUAUGCAGCUAUUUUUUAUUUUGCACCAUUUACGGGAGAAUGUUCCUGCAGAAAUAAAUAGGUCGAUUUCUAUCGGCCGUUACACUGUAUUUUGUCAAAUAACUGGUUAAACUAUAUUAUAAUACAACAUCAUUUCCUUCUUUGAUGUAUUAAUAUGUAGCCAACGCAACAGAUUUGCUUUUAUUUGAAUCUUGGGUCUUGGAAGCAUUAAAGAAGCCAUACGGUUAUUAUUUAGAGGCUCAUUAGUUUAUUUAGAGGUUGCUCAUCAUUUGUUAGAUGAUCACUUUCUACUAACACGUAGUGAGAUAUCGAUAGACCCAACAAGAAAUACAGCAGACGUGGCUUAAAUUCAAUUAAAGGGUCACAUUUCCAUCUUUCACAUUUCAUAAUUACAUUUACAGUGUCAACUAAAAUAGAGACGAACGUUUAAAUAUUAAAAAUGCGACAUAAUUUCUCCCUCUUGUCCGUUAAUGCAGCUCCUCGUUUUACCUCCUGUCUGAAACGCUCCGUUUUUAGGUACUGUCUCUUUAAGAACGCCCUCUGAUUGGUCAGCUGGUUUUCUUUGGUCGGCCAUAUUUGUUAGCUCCUAGGAUGCAGUGAUAACUAUAUAUAAGAUAUUUAAUUUAACUUCCAGAUAAAAGAAAAGAAUUGCUGGGAUGAAUGUUUAAAUUUUAAAAAUAAGACCUAAUUUUUCCCUCUUGUCCGUUAUUGCAGCUCCUCAUUUUACCUCCGUCUGAAACGCUCCGUUUUUAAGUACUGUCUCUUUAAGACUCCUCCCCCUCCUCCUCCUCCUCUGCUCUGAUUGGUUACCUCGGUUACUCUCUUGUUUUACUAUGGAUGUAGCAUAGCAUUUAAAUCUGGAGUCUCUCCCCUGGGAACCGAUUCUGCUGCAGCGAGCUGUUUAGAGGCAGCUGUCGUGUGUUUUGCAAAAGAAAUGAACAUUUAAAAGUGAUUAAUUAGUCUCAUCGUUUAACGUCACAUAUUUCUGCUGUGAUUGGCUGUAGGAUUGUAUAAUUGUUGCAGGGGUAUUUUUUUCCCCUGUGUAUCUGAAGAGGACUUAGACUCAUACUCUGAAUCUUUAUUUAUCUGGCAAUAAAAACUUUACAUGUGAAACUGAAAGAUUCUACGUUGGUGCCAUCUGCUGCAUUAAUGUGCUUCUGUUAACUUCCUGUUUCUGACAUGUUAAAUGCAGCUGUCUUUAAAUGCCCACACAGACUUGCGCUGCCUACGUUUAGUCCACAUUAAGCAUUUAUUCACCUGUGAAGUUUGAAACGCCUCCUGUGAAAGGAAGCCAUGUUUGCCUUCUAAUCUGGAGCAGGAUUGUUCGUUCAGGACACGAGCUCCUCAUCCCAGAACCAGCACAUGUUGGAGUGAUGCUUUCUGAGCUGUGAUUCGUUAAAUCUGCGGAGUAAAGUCAACGCACAGAUGAUUUGCUCUGGUCCUCGUGUUUAAAAGCGUUUGAGAACGUCUUCCAUGCAGCGGUCCCGUCUCACUCUGCUCCUUCCUCUUUUCGCUCAGUGCGUUUCUUUGUGUCGAGUUUAAAUGCGGUUGUCGUGUCCUCUGUGACGUCUUCUCUGUAUUUUCUGUCCGUGGUGUUUGUCAAAGUGUGUAAAAAUAAAACCGUUGCCUGUU